AAACAGACAGUGUUUGUCUUUCAAGUUAAACCAACAAGUCGGUAGAAAAAUAUAGUUAUCAAGAAAUUUUUAAAACUUCAACCCUUUUUCUCUUAUAUUUAGUAAAGAGAGUAAAAUAUCUCCUGUUUUGGCUGACAUCUCUACAACCUGAACAAUUGGCUUAAACCUCACUUGGGAUUCCUGGUUGCUUGUUUUAGCAUGGAGAAACUUGGCGUCCACAGAAUCUUUCUUCUGGCUAUUUCUCUGAUAAAGUGUCUAGAAAGUACAAAACUGCUGGCAGACCUGAAAAAAUGUGGUGACUUGGAAUGUGAAACUUUAAUAAGCAGAGUCUCAGCCAUGAGAGAUUACAGAGGACCUGACUGCAGAUACCUGAACUUCACUAAGGGAGAAGAGAUAUCUGUUUUUGUUAAACUUGCAGGAGAAAGGGAAGAUUUGUGGGCAGGAAGUAAAGGAAAAGAGUUUGGAUAUUUUCCCAGAGAUGCCGUCCAGGUUGAAGAGGUGUUCAUAUCUGAGGAAAUUCAAAUGUCAACUAAAGAAUCUGACUUUCUUUGUCUUCUUGGAGUAAGUUACACAUUUGACAAUGAAGAUAGUGAAUUAAACAGUGAUUAUGGUGAAAAUAUAUAUCCUUUUGAAGAAGAUAAAGAUGAAAAAUCUAGUAUAUAUGAAGGUGAUUUUCAGCUAGAACCUGGAUUUUAUGCAACUUACGAAAGUACUUUGUUUGAAGACCAAUUUCCAGCAUUAGAGGCUCCUGAAGAUAUCGGAAGUACCAGUGAAUCAAAAAACUGGGAAGAAGCAGUUGUUGAAAGUGUGGAACAGGAUCAUAUUCCAGAAGUGCACGUCCCACCAUCUUCAGCUGUGCCUGGACUCAAAGAAUGGUUUGGAUUGAGAGGAGAACAAGCUGAAGAGAAAGCUUUUGAAUCAGUUAUUGAACCUGUACAAGAAAGCUCAUUUCGAAGUAGAAAAAUAGCAGUGGAAGAUGAGAAUGACCUAGAGGAAUUAAACAAUGGUGAGCCUCAAACAGAACAUCAGCAAGAAUCUGAAUCAGAAAUUGAUUCAGUGCCAAAGACGCAUUCUGAACUAGCAUCUGAGUCAGAGCACGUUCCCAAACCUCAACCCACUGGUUGGUUUGGUGGUGGAUUUACAAAUUAUUUAGGUUUUGGAGAUGAGGAUACAGGGCUUGAAUUAUUAGCUGAAGAAAGCAAUUCACCACUACAAGAUUUUCCCAAUUCCAUAUCAUCUGAUAAAGAAGACACAGUUCCAUGUACAGAAAUAUUAACAGAAAAAAAAGACACAAUCACUAAUGAUAGCUUGAGUCUCGAGCCAAGUUGGUUUGAUUUUGGUUUUGCUAUGCUAGGCUUUGCAUAUGCCAAGGAAGACAAAAUUAUGUUAGAUGACAGGAAAAAUGAAGAAGAUGGUGGGGCAGGUGGACAUGAAUAUCCUCUAACAAAUGAAUUAGACCCUGAAAAAGAACAAGAAAUAGAAAUGAUACAAAUUAUGGAAACAGAAGAUCAAAUAGACAAGAAACCAGUCUUAGAAAAAACAGAUGAAUCGGAUGCCAUACCAUAUUUGAAAAAGUUCUUGUAUAAUUUUGACAACCCUUGGAACUUCCAGAACACUCCAAAGGAAACGGAAUUGCCAUUUCCCAAACAGACACUGGAUCAAAAUAACGUAAUUGAAAAUGAAGAAACUGAAGAAUUUUCCAUUGAUAAUUAUCCCACAGACAAUACAAAAGUUAUGAUGUUCGAAAGUUCAUACAAUCCGUCAGAUAUGGUCUCUAAUAUAGAGUUACCUAUGAGAAUUCACGAAGAAGUACAUUUCAAACCCUCAUCUUCUAAAGAUAGUGAUGAAAAUUCAAAACCAUCAGUAGACACUGAAGGGCCUGCUCUGGUUGAGAUAGACAGAUCUGUGGAAAAUACCCUGCUAAAUAAUCAGAGGGUUUCAACUGAUAAUUCUUUGUCUUCUCAAAAUUAUAUUUCUCAAAAAGAAGAUGCUUCUGAGUUUCAGAUUCUGAAAUACUUAUUCCAAAUUGAUGGUUAUGAUUUCAUGAAUUCUGCAUUUUCAUCCAUUGUAAUUCUUACAGAAAGGGUAAGUUUGCCUUUUAAACCUUUUACAAUAAUUUUACCUAUUUUGCUAAAUAUAAGAGUGGCUACAAAAUAUGUUUGAGUGAAUCCUCCCUGUAUAAUGUUUAUGUAAUGUUUCUCUUUCCAUGACAUCUUACCUGUAAGAUUUCUGUUUAUAUGAAUGUUUUGUCAAAUGGAUAUUGAUUUUUAAAAACAUUUCCCUAAGCUUUGUUGAUGUUGACCUUGAGCAGUGUUUGCUUUUUACCUCACCCUCCCCAUUUUUCAAAUUAGGGAAAAUUAUGUACGCAAUAAGUUAACUCAGGAAUAAUAGGAACUGGAGCUGGGUAUGGUGGCGUGUGUCUGGAGUUCCCACUACUUAGGAGGCUGAGGCAGGAAGAGCCUUUGACUGAAUGUAACAAAGAGAAUAAAAGGGAAGAGUGAGCCCAAGGGUUUGAGACCAGUCUGGGCAACGUAGCUAGACCUUAUUUCUUAA